AUGAAAACAAGCAAUACAUAAUAAUCAAGUAGCAAAGAUUCUGAUGAGGAAGAUAAUUAAGUACCUAUAAGAAAUUCUGCAAAAAGUCAUAAUAUAGAAAAGAAAGUUUAGUUUCUACAAGUAUCCCCUGAUUCUGAUUAUAAGGACUUUAGUAAACAGACUUCUAAAAUGCAACAUAUUAGAGCUAGCAGAAGAACAUUUAUUAAAUUAUCAUAGAUUCAAAGUCAUCGUGGUAGUACUGUAUCAGCUAUAUCUUAAGAUCUAUCUAAUUUGGGAUAAGUAUUAUAACAAAAUUCUUAAUCUUCAAAUUCCUAUACAACUUAAUUACAAUCAUAAUAAAUUAAUUAGCCUACUUAAUAGAUGUAAAUUCAUCAUGCUAGUUUAUCUUAAAAAUCUAGAUAAUUAAAAAAAGGCAAUUCUACUUCAUAUUAAAAUAUUGAUUAACAGAUGGCACAAAUGAGAAAAUCUUAGUAAUUUUAAUCAAGACCAGAUUAAAAAUAAUUUUCACUAUCCAUGAUUUAAGAAGCUAGCAAUAGUAGAUUAGAUGAAUUAACUUAUUAAUCAAGAUAAAGAAUAGAUUUUGAUAUAGAUUAAUGUUUUAAUACAAAACAUUAUUUUAUUUAAUUCAAUUUGGAUGUUGUUUUAAUGAAAGUGAAAAGACCAAAGAAGACAUAGAGACAUGCUGCUUAAAUAUUAAGUGUUAUAGAAAAAUCAAAAAUUAGAUAAUAAUAGCGUUUGUGA